CUCUCGAGGCCGGCUUGUGAAGAGCAGUUUUAUGGACGGGAAUGUGAGUUUAAGAGCAUCCAGGAAAUUACAGUUCUAAAACCCCGCCCUCUCUUUUCCCGCACAGAGGUGCGCCUAUAUCUAUAUAGGAACAACAAAACAAGAAUACAGCAGAUAAGAAGCAAACUUAACUCUGCUAAAGCUUCACAAAGGACAAGUUGGCAAUACUUUUUAAAGAAGGGUUGCAUGCUGAGCCUGAACCUGAUGUCAGCGCCUGCUGACUGCUGCAUCUGCCUGGAUGAGUUCACCAGCCCAGCAUCCCUCCCCUGCGGACACAGCUUCUGCCUGGAGUGCAUAGGAGAGUAUUGGAGGAUCAGCGAGAGCUGCCAGUGCCCCCUCUGCAUGGCGGUCUUCCCCAAACGGCCGCAGCUGAAGACUGAGCGAACUGAAAGCGAAGCCAAACCGCUCAAAGCGGGAGAGGUCCCGUGUGACGUCUGUCCGGCUCGGCGGGCCGCGGUCCGGUCCUGCCUGGUGUGCCUGGCCUCGUACUGCUCCGCUCAUCUGGAGCCACAUUAUCAGAGGGAGGACCUCGGACGCCAUCUGCUGGUCAGUGUGGCGAAGAACCUGGAGGACUCUGUGUGUCGGCUACAUGGGAGGAAGUUGGAAAAGUUCUGCCGGAGUGACCGAACCUGCAUUUGCGCCACCUGUGCCAAGACGGAGCACAGAGGCCACCAUGUUGUUUCUAUCAACAAGGAAGCUGCUAAGAACAAGACUAAACUGAAGCGCAGACGAAUGAAGCUUCAGCAAGAGAUUCAAGAGAAGCUGAGUGUGGCUGAGGACGCGGAGCGGACCGCAGGCCUCCAUGGAGGAGAACUUCCACCAGAACUUUGGGCGCAAACCAGGAAGCUGAUCAAACAGCUGGAAGAGGAGAUCAACAAGCUGCAGGAGAGGAACGCGAAGCUGGAGCAGCUCUUACAGACCGAAGACAACCUCCACUUUCUGCAGCGAUUCCUACACUCCUUAGGAAGUCAGAAGGGAACAGGGUGUACACUGCUAACGGGAGCGGCUCAGCAACCUGAAGACAUGACCGCCACGGCCAAAUCCGUCAAAGAUGACUGCUUUCUGGAAAGACACCUAAAAUGCCCCAUCUGCAUGGAAACAUUUACCGAUCCUGUGACCACAUCUUGUGGUCACUCCUUCUGCAUGAGGUGCCUGGAGCUCAGCAUCGCCUCAUUUCAAGUUGACUAUGCUUGUCCCCUUUGCAAAAAGCAUCUGAGGAAAGCUCCUAAGGUGAAUAAUGUCUUGAGAGACAUUGUCCAAGAGGUGAAAAACACACUGAGCCAGACGUUUACUGGGGCCGCCGGCGAGGUGCCCUGUGAUGCCUGCACGGUGCCCAAGAAGAAGGCUGAAAAGUCCUGCCUUGUGUGUGUGGCCUCAUUUUGUUCAACCCACUUGGAGAACCAUUAUUCAGCUAAAAGGCUGAAGGGCCACAAACUGGUGGAACCUGUGGAGAACCUGGACACAAGGGCCUGCCCCACUCAUGGAUGCCCGCUCGCGCUUUACUGCAGGAAGCGACAAAGAUGCGUUUGCGCUCGAUGUUUGGAUGGAGACCAUGGGAAAGUUGUCUCUGCUGAAGAGGAAUGGCAAGAGAAAAAGGAUCAAAUCGAGAACACCAAAGCGCAGUUACAAGAGAGAAUCAUGACAAGGAAAGCAAAGAUUGACGAGAUCAAUGAAGCUCUGAAGAGUUGUAAGGAGGAUGUUGGGAAAGAGUGGUGGGAUAUUGAUGCUCUGUUCACAGCUGUGCUUGACGUUGUGAAGGCAGCUAAGGGAGAGGCGCUAAACCCACUUGAAGACAAGCUGCAGUUAUUAAAUAAGGAGUCAAAAAACCUCAAAGAUGAGUUGGAAGAUGAAAUCAACAAACUCGAGGCAACAAUCUCAAAGCUAGAUGAUAUAUCGGCACUUGAAGAUCACAUCCUGUUCCUACAGAUGUACCCAUCUCUUUCAGUUCAGGAUGUUAUGAAAGACUGGACGUACAUUGAACUUGACACCACUCUGUCUUUUGGCUCCAUGAGAGAAACCGCGACAACAAUGAUUGAAAAUAUUCAGCAGCAGCUGGAGAAGCUGGCCACCAUUGAACUUGCGAGAUUCACAAAGUUUGAAGUGGAUGUGAGGCUGGACCCAGAUACUGCACACCAGCGCCUGGUUGUCUCUGAUGAUCGCAGCAAAGUGAGAGACGAAGGAGAAAACCAGGAAGUGGCUGAUUCUCCGAAGAGAUAUGAUGUGCUUGGCAGCGUCCUGGGACUCAACACCUUGGCAACUGGGAAGUCCUACUGGGAGGUGGAGGUUGGCAGCACAAACGGGUGGGAUCUAGGUGUAGCCAGGGGCAGCGCUAACCGCCGGGGACGACCAGCUUUAAACCCAGAUAAUGGCUACUGGGUUCUGGUACAUUUUGAAGAGUGUGAUGUACCCAAGCCAUUUACAGCAUAUGCAGUCAUGACGGCUCCACCUGUUUCACUGUCUUUUAAAGACCAACCAAAGAAGGUUGGGGUGUUUGUGGACUAUGAGGAAGGCAUUGUGUCCUUCUACGACGUGACGGCCCGAUCUCACAUCUACUCGUUCUCCAAGUGCUCAUUCCAAGACGAGCUUCAUCCGUUUUUCAGUCUGCACAUGAAAAAUGAGAUAAACUUUGAGCCUUUGAUUAUUUCAAAAAUAAACCAUACAAAAAUGAAUUAGGAAUGGAAGCAGUUGGUCUUCCAUAUUUGUUCAGUCAGAGUAUUCAGACCUAAUUUUGUGUGGUAGAUGAAGAGUAUUCAAUGAUUUGAUGCAUCACAAAAGUACAUUUAAAAAGCUUAAAAAUCAAGCUAGCACAAAUUGUAUUUUUAUCUAUAGUAACUGUAAUUUUACAAGAGAGAGUCGUUAUUUGGAAACAAUUUAAAUCCAGGAAAUUAGUUUGAAAUGCUUAGUGUGAGUCUGUGUGUGAAUGGAUGAAUGAGGGUUGCAAUCUAGGCUCUAGACCAGUGGUUCUUAACCUGGGUUCGAUCGAACCCCAGGGGUUCGAUGAGUCGGUCUCAGGGGUUCGGCGGAGCCUCUGCCGUGGAGGUAAAGACACUUAUAUGAAGUCGUGAUGACGCCCCGCUUUGCCAUCACUUGCUGCAGAGGAUCACGUCACAUUGCUUAGCCAAUCAGCGCU